CUGAAAUAUGCUCCUAGAAGAAAUAAUCAAUUCGAAAAUCAUUCCUAUUUCUAUCUUUGUGUCGAGCACAUGUUCCAGUCAAAACAGAAAAAAACUGUCUUUAAUCAAUAACAAUCGAUUCUUUGAUAAUGUCCAAGUUCAAUUUUUGGCUGAUCUUCUGGUGUGCCGUGAUGAUGAUGCAGCCUUGGAUGGGCCAGGGCCAUGCCCUGUCUGCGGAUGCGGUCAAUGCCACAGCUGUGCAAUCCACUUUUGGCUUAUUGAUGGGAGAAGCAACAACCGCCAAAACUACGGCCACUCCCCAGGCAGUGGUCAAGUCAUCCACUCGCCAAGAUGCUUCCAAGGAAAUCGUCGCGGGAGCUCCUGCAGUCACCCCCACAACACACCCAGUGACUGGCCCAGUCGGACCCAUAAUCGAGAAGACACGAUUGGGAUCAUCAAUUGGACUGAUCACGGGUUUACUGUCCGGCUUGCAUCGCACCACUAUGAUGGAUGAUAGCGUGCAACAGGAACUCGACUAUCAACCGCAAAUGGUGCCCCAGCGUAUGGCCGAAGAUUUCCUCUUGAACGAGCCCGAAAACGAUCCGCACGGCGGUCUCACUAUGACCUCGUACAAGUACCGUUGCAUGCACACGUCUUCGCCAGUUCUACCGCCGAUAUUCAUCAUGUUGCAACAGCUGUUGCAGCCCAGCCCAAUGAUGGAGACGGCCACUAAGAUGCACCACAGCCCCAUGACAUCACCACUGUUUGAGUUACUCAAUGACGUCGAGGACAUGACGCUGCAGAAUAUUCCCAAUGUUAUCGACCAUCUGCUGGCGAAUCGUUUGGUGCUCGCAAGUGGUACCCAACUGGAUAACAAGGACAAGAAGAUCACGCAGAAGUAUGACGAUGUCUCCAAGAAUGACGAGCUCAAGAAGGAAGCUGCUGAAGUCGCACCCACUCACGAUAAGGACGAAAUCGUUCUCGUGUGUCCCGUACACCGUGAGCACCAUGCCAAUCACAAUGGCGAAAUAGUUGACGAUAACGUUAUCCUUGUUGACCAGUGCCACGUUGUAUAGGUCUGUAGAUCGAGGUAGACAUAGUAUAGCGGUAGAAUAUUAGGUUUAUAGGUAGCUAAUAUUUGAAUUUGAGCCUUGGCGUCACUUAAAAUUUUUUUUAAGCAUUUAGUUGUUUCUAUUUCGCGUUUUUGUUUAGUUUAGGCAGGGAAUUGCGUCAGUGUCAAAAUAUUUUUUUUUAGAUUUUUUGCAUCAAAACUUAAAAUGCCAAACAAAUGUUAUUUAAUUGCGUUUAGGAAAUUGUUUAUAUUAGAGAUUAUUGGAAGUCAGCGAGGUAACCAGAUUCCUUAGCAUUUAUAGAAAGAAGAAAAUAAAAACAACGAGCGCAUUCAAUUCAAAA